AUGUCGUUCGCAAGCCCUCUAGGUGAACCGAUUUUUGUUGAUGUGCACGAGACAAAGCAGGAACCUCCUAGAUCUCGGUCGAUUAGCCCAUCAACCCAACCGAGCGACUCCACAGUCAUACAAGUCAAUUGUUCUCGAUCAGAGGCAAGAGCGGGAGAGAACAAGCUGCGGCCCGCUGGAGACAUAAUCAAUCGCAUCAUCUGGGACUCGACCUUGAGUCCCGACAACUAUGUCAUUGUUUUCUUGGAUCGGUUCCAGGGAGAACUGGAAGUGGGCUUUGGUAGCUGGAAGAAGGAAUCGACCGACGAGGAGUUCAUUCCCCAACAUCGUGUCUUGUAUAUUAGGGAUGUUGAUGGUGAAAUUGUCUGGGAUCGACGCAGGCGGAUCGAUAAAAUCUUCAACAGUGGAAACUCGGCAUUUAGCGAACUUGCCUUUCUUGCUUGAUCAAGAAAAACAUUUACAGUCAAUGCAAGUGAAUCAUUGGAACUCGUAUCAAAGCACAUAGUUGAAUAUG